UAUGAUCACACUAAGGAUUCGUUCAUCUGUCACAGAAACCAACCAUUUAAAAGGCUUGAAAAAGCAGAUGAAGAAAACCCCCCAUUGUACUGUACUUUCUGUCCAAUGGGAUAAAAACAUUAACGGAUAAAAGGAUUGUUUUUGCUUAAUGAAGAAUCCUAGUUUUCAAAUCUCAUUGGACUGUGUACAUCCAACAGGAUUUGCUGUUCAGUAGCCUGAACUUUACAAUUCUGCUGUGAUCAUGUAAUCAACCAAGUCUUAUUUUAAUUCAGAUACUGUGUGUUCUGACGAAGGCUCUUUGGUCUCCAUGUAAUUGAGAGUUUCAAGACUAAAGAAAUCAAAAUGCUUCUGUGAACUAUGUGAAUUUUUCUGUAUUUACAAUUAGCUUAAGGUAUUAAUAUUAAAAGUAGGGAGCUGCAUCUAAUGACUUUUUGGAGUAAUCUGAACCAUCUGCCUCUAGAUACUAAGGAGUUCACCACUUUAAUCCAGAUUAUGGCUGACGAACUGUUUUUGGCAUCCACUUCUCACUAGCAUUGUGCCCUUGAAGAGCUGCUGAGGCUGUAGAAAUUCCCUUGCUGACAAACCUAUUGUUGUCUUUCGGGAGCCUUUUUUGGUUUUGUUUUGUUUUUAAAAUUUUCUUGGGAAGAAAAUGGCUUUCUUAAUGAAAAGCAUGUUGAGCAACCAGGUAAAGAAUUUAGGACUUGGUGGUGGAGGUGAGGAAAGCAAAGAAGAAAGUGGUCCUUCCGACCCAGCUGCAGCAGCAGGAAUGACUAGAGAGGAAUAUGAGGAAUAUCAAAAGCAAAUUGUUGAGGAGAAGAUGGAGAGAGAUGCAGCGUUUGCACAAAAAAAGGCAGAGAGAGCUUGUCUGAGGGUUCAUCUGAGAGAAAAGUACAGGCUUCCUAAGAGUGAAAUGGAUGAGAACCAGAUACAAAUGGCUGGUGAUGAUGUGGAUUUACCAGAAGACCUCCAGAAAAUGGUGGCAGAGGAUCAAGUAGAAGAAGAAGACAAGGAGUCUAUCCUUGGACAGUUACAGAACAUUCAGAAUAUGGAUAUAGACACUAUUAAAGAAAAAGCUCAAGCCACUUUCACUGAAAUAAAGCAAGCAGCCGAACAGAAAUGUUGUGUCAUGUGAAAGAGAAAUCCGAGCUUGAGAGUUUUUGCGAAUCAUGUGAAUUUAAUAUUGUAUCAUGGGAGUUGCUGGACGGUACAAGCAAAAUUGAUGGCAUGCCAUAUAGUUCCAAAGCAAUAUGUGUACAUAUGAGAGAGAGAGACUUCUAAACCUCCAGAUUUAAAUCAAUGUAGGCAAUGUACCUGCUUAAAUAGCACUAAUCUAGAGCUGGUCAGCAUUUUUCAAACAAAGUUUUUCCAUGGAAAAAUGGCAUUUUCAAAAACAACAACAUUUUUCAUGAAAAAUUGUCAAAUUAUUUUUUGCAAAAAGUGCUGCCUUUUUUCCAAAAAAUGUAUUGAAAACAUCAAAAAGCUUAUAAGAAUGGUUUUUAAUUUUUUAACCAGAAAUUGGGUCUUUGGUAAAUGAAAAAUGUCUAUAACCACUGUGAUAUUGUUUUCAGAAAAAAUAAAUCAUGGAAAAAAUGUUACAAAUGAAAAUCGGGUCAUUUUCAAACUCUUCAGAACAAAAAUAAUGUUGAAAUUUUGACACAUUUUGCAAACUAGAUUUCCCUUUUUUGACCACCUCUAUGCUAAACAUAAAAAGAAAAUCUUGAAAUUUAUAACAAUGCAUCAUAGGACAAAUGCUUUAUGGAUUUAGAACUUGCAGGAAAUGCUGCACAAUCACACAGCUCUGAGUGAAUAUAGUGAUUUUUGUGGUAAGUCAAAGAUAGGUGGCUAGCACUAGAGCCAGGAAUAACGAAUAACGCAAACUUCCUCCAAUUACUUUAACUGCUCCUCAAUCCUGACCUACAACACAAACUUACUAUUACAGUAGUGGGUCUCUCCUGGAUUGCCAUUGGUGCCGAAUGCUGUGGGUUUCUGAUGUUGACAAAUAUCCAGCAUAGGCUAAACGGAGAUUAUUAAAUGAAAUGAAUUUGGUUCUUAUUCUACAGGUGAAAGAUGCAAAGUAUGAUCAUUAUCAGAUCCCCAGAAGUGACAGGUAAGUAUUUUAACUCAUGGUGUCACCUUAUACUCCUGCAAUCAUCUUUGUUGUGCAUCUUAUACUGUAUACACGUGUGGUGUGUUAGCAUUUAAUCUGAUUGAAGUCUGGGAUUUGCACAACUUGAAUAGUAGCUUUGUUUCUUUUUCAGCUGUUCAUUUUUUCUCUCUACUAUUUCUCGUGCUUUUCUGUAACUAAGUUACAGUUAUUAGACACUGUAGAAUAUAUUGUACUUCUCUUGAAAUGUGCUACUUAUAAAUCUCAGAACAAAGAACCAGUGAGAUCAGGAAAGAGGAACCAAUGCAAUUGUUAGACACGAGUAUUUAUCUUACCUGCAGUUUUGCAGGUACACCUCUACCCCCAUAGAACGCUGUCCUCGGGAGCCAAAAAAUCUUACUGCGUUAUAGGUGAAACCGCAUUAUAUCGAACUUGCUUUGAUCCGCCGGAUCACGCAGCCCCGCCCCCCCGGAGCACUGCUUUACCGCGUUAUAUCCGAAUUCAUGUUAUAUCGGGGUAGAGGUGUAUUUACAGUGGGCUAAAUCCUAAAUUCCUUACUCAAAACAAGUUUAUGAUCAGCUACACCCGUGUCAAUUCUGAAUAAUUCCACUGACUUGCUUCUGAUUUACACUAAUGUAAUAGCAGAAUCUGGCCCUUAGGUUUUAGUCUUGACUCAAGCAAAACUUUCAUCAAUGUCAACCAGAGACUUGCCUGAGUGAAGCCGAAGUAAAUGCCAAGAGCCUGAUUUCUCCUUUCACUUGCCCUGAUAUAAAGUGGGAGUGACCGAAGCAUAAAUGGGGAGAAUUAGGUCCUGAAUAAGGACUUUGGGAUUCGGUCCUGUAAUCAGGUGAACACGAAGAUAUGAUUAAUCAUAAUUUGAUUGGUUUAGCCCUUUUCAUCCCAGAAGUUUUCAAAGCACAAAGGUACAGUAUGCAACGACCAGCUUCCAGCUGAGACAAGCUUGGCACAGCCUCUACUGGCUUUGUUACAGGGAGGCAUGAUUUUGGAUCACUUGCUAGAACUGCUGCCUGUGGACCACGAGGUUAGUUAGUCCUCUUCAGUGACUGGCAGACUUGAGGCAUUUAUUUUUUCUAAAAGAGCCUAUAAUAAGUGACAUUAAAUUAGGGACUAUGAGAUAACUCGUCGAUAGCUAGUGCAAAGCAUAGUCUUGUGGUUAAGGCAGUGAACUGGGACUCAAGAUCAGAUUCAGUGCCUGGUUCUGUCACAGACUUCCUGUGUGCCCUUAGGCAAAUCAUGUACGCUUUCGGUGCUGGAGUUCUCCACCUGUAACACAGGGAUAACAACACUUCUCUGUUGUAAGAAUACACUUAUUAAUGCUCACAGG